UGACUGCCGCGCUGGCUCCGUCGGCCUAGCUCUCGGGCCGGUCCUUUCCGUGGCCCCGGUCGCAUCCUUGUCAGGUCCCCUCAUUCCCUGGCCCCGGACCGUUCUCCUCGGAGCCUCCCACCCACCCCACAUCCCGGGAGCAUCUCCCUUAGGCGCCCUUCUCCCCUCUUCCCCCCGCCCCCUCACCCCGGUCCUGGACCUUCUCAGCCCCCUCCACCCCCACACUUCCCGCUCUCCCGGCGCGUUUUCCUCAGGCCAUUCCCACUCCACCCCCGACGCCCGUCCCGUCUUCAGAGCCCCCCACCAACCCUCCACUUCCGCUCCAUCUUCCUCAGGCUACCCCGUCCCCCAGGCCCCACGGUAGGAUGGGGGAUAACACCAGCCCCAUCAGCGUGAUACUGGUGAGCUCGGGGAGCCGGGGCAAUAAGCUGCUGUUCAGGUACCCCUUCCAGAGAAGCCAGGAGCACCCCGCGUCCCAGACAAAUAAGCCCCGUAGCAGAUACGCUGUCAACAACACCGGAGACCAUGCCGAGGACCAGGACGGCGACUCCAGGUUUUCAGAUGUCAUUCUGGCAACAAUUUUGGCAACCAAGUCCGAAAUGUGUGGCCAAAAAUUUGAACUGAAGAUCGAUAAUGUGCGGUUUGUUGGGCAUCCGACCCUCCUGCAGCAUGCUCUGGGUCAGGCCUCCAAAGCAGACCCGUCCCCGAAGAGGGACGCUCCCACCAUGAUUCUUUUUAACGUGGUGUUUGCACUGAGGGCCAACGCGGACCCAUCAGUGAUCAGCUGCCUGCACACCCUUUCCCGUCGCAUUGCCACUGUGCUGCAGCACGAGGAGCGCCGCUGCCAGUACCUGACGCGGGAGGCAAAGCUGAUCCUGGCGCUGCAGGAUGAGGUGUCUGCGGUGGCGGAUGCAAACGAUGGCCCUCAGUCCCCGUUCCAUCACAUCCUGCCCAAGUGCAAGUUGGCCAGGGACCUCAAGGAAGCUUAUGACAGCUUGUGCACGUCUGGUGUUGUGCGGCUGCACAUCAACAGCUGGCUGGAGGUGAGCUUCUGCUUGCCCCACAAGAUCCACUACGCCACUGCGAGCCUCAUCCCCCCUGAAGCCAUCGAGCGCAGCCUGAAGGCCAUCCGCCCGUACCAUGCCUUGCUGCUGCUCAGUGAUGAGAAGUCCCUGCUGGCCGAGCUCCCGCUGGACUGUUCCCCCGCCCUGGUGCGCGUCAUCAAGACCACGUCCGCUGUCAAGAACCUGCAGCAGCUGGCCCAAGACGCGGACCUGGCUUUGCUGCAGGUGUUCCAGCUCGCGGCUCACCUGGUGUACUGGGGCAAAGCCAUCAUCAUCUACCCUUUGUGUGAGAACAACGUCUACAUGCUGUCCCCCAACGCCAGCGUGUGUCUGUACUCCGCGCUGGCUGAGCAGUUCUCCCACCAGUUCCCAUCUCACGACCUGCCCUCCGUCCUGGCCAAGUUCUCCCUGCCCGUCUCCUUGUCAGAAUUUAGGAAUCCCCUCGCCCCCCCUGUGCAGGAGACCCAGCUCAUCCAGAUGGUGGUGUGGAUGCUGCAACAUCGGCUCCUGGUCCAGCUGCACACCUACGUGUGCCUGAUGGCCUCACCCAGUGAGGACGAGCCCCGGCCGCGCGAGGACGAGGUCCCCUUCACUGCCAGGGUCGGCGGCCGCAGCCUCAGCACGCCCAAUGCCCUCAGCUUCGGCUCCCCAACCAGCAGUGACGACAUGACGCUCACGAGCCCCAGCAUGGACAACUCCAGCGCAGAGCUGCUCCCCAGUGGCGACUCCCCGCUGAACAAGAGGAUGACCGAGAACCUGCUGGCCAGCCUGUCGGAACACGAGCGGGCAGCCAUCCUCAGCGUGCCCGCAGCCCAGAACCCUGAGGACCUCCGCAUGUUCGCCAGGCUCCUGCACUACUUUCGCGGCCGCCACCACCUAGAAGAGAUCAUGUACAACGAGAACACGCGGCGCUCACAGCUGCUCAUGCUCUUCGACAAGUUCCGCAGUGUGCUGGUGGUGACGACCCACGAGGACCCUGUCAUCGCCGUCUUCCAAGCACUGCUCACCUGAGCCUGUGCUGGGACGUAGAGGCAGCCUGUGUGGUGGGUGAGCAGUGGCAUCCCCCACCAGGCUACCUCCCACCCUCCCUCCUGGGGGCCUGCGUCCUCUUAGCCCUGAGGCCUGACUGCAGCCUGCAGCCUGUCCGUGGGGCUCCUGCCCUGUGCAUGCUCACUCUCACCUGGUCCUCCAAAGUCCCGGUAUCUGAGCUGAGACAGUGAGGCUGUGGGCAGCGUCUGUGAUGCAGACUUCCCAUAUGCAGCUCGGGGCCGCCUGUUCCUCUGACCUUCCUCCGAUCAUGUGGGUGUUCCCUGGCCCCCCUCCAGUGCUGCCCUCCCAGACUAUGGGGGCCGAGUGCCCGGCCCAUCCUGCAUACCCACUGCCCUGCCCUCCCAGCUGGCUGUGUGCCCUCCCUGGCAGGCCCUUACUACAAUCCUGCUGGGCACCAGGAAGCUCCUCUUCACCACCCAAGGCCCAAGGCCCGGUGAAGGCGUCCUCAGCACCCCCUUGGGGUGGGUCGGCCCUGGCACUCCCAGUCCUCUGCCACGUGGGGUGGGCAGGCUGCAGCAGGCCUGAGGGAGGAAGUGUGCACACUGGGCCUGUCUCUAGGUACCCUGUGGCUCACACAGGGCCCCUGAUGUCCCCAUCCUGGAGGAGGAGCUGACCACUGAGGGCAGCUCAGGCCAAGUGAGACACAAGUGGCACUAUUAUAUUUUCUAGAAAAUGAAGCAUUUAUUUAGUUUUUAAACAAUUAAAAAGCCUGCCUUACUCAG